AGCUUUUUGUUUGUUUCCAAUUUAAUUAAAAAUAUGGCCCACGCGAGCAGUGACGACGAAGGUCCGACUCCUUCAAAAAUUCCAAAGGUUCUUAAGCAAAAUGAUUCAGGAAAACGACUUAUUGUUGUUUUAGAAAACGCCUCAUUAGAAACAGUAAAGAGUGGAAAGAACUUUGAGUUAAUGAAUUGCGAUGAUCAUAAAAAUAUAAUAAAAAAGCAUGGACGUGACCCUGCAAAUUCUCGGCCCGACAUCACCCAUCAGUGUUUACUAAUGCUAAUGGAUAGUCCUUUAAAUCGUGCUGGACUUUUGCAGGUUUAUAUACAUACAGAGAAAAAUGUUCUUAUAGAAAUUAACCCGCAGACAAGAAUCCCAAGAACUUUUAAUCGAUUUUCUGGAUUAAUGGUUCAGUUGUUACACAAAUUAAGUAUACAUGCUGCAAAUGGUCCUGUUAAAUUAAUGAAAGUAAUAAAAAAUCCAGUAGAUGAUCAUUUUCCUGCUGGUUGCAGAAAAAUAGUUGCCACUUUCCAAGCUAAAAAAUGUGUAAAUGUUCGAGAUAUUCCUAAAGAUGAAUCAGUCGUAAUUGUAAUUGGUGCAAUGGCUCAUGGAAAGGUAGAAGUAAAUUACGGUGAAGAGGAGAUAGCUAUCUCUGAAUAUCCGUUAUCAGCAGCUUUGACUUGUGCCAAAAUUUGCUCUGGUUUUGAAGAAGUUUGGGGCAUAACCUAGAAAAAUAUGUUUUGUAUGACUGGUUUUAUUAUAGAACAUCCUUAUGCAGAUAA